AUGACGACCGCUGUCGAGGCAAUCGAUGUUGACGACGACGAGCGCUAUUCGGAUGACUCCUUUCAGGACGACUUCGAGAGCGACAGCUCAAGCACUUCACACCGCUCAGCGCACAUGAAAGAGGCCAGCAGUCAUGAUGAGCGGGCGGCGUCAGAAGACUCUGCAGUCAUCGGUGAGGGCACGCCCAGCAACGCAACUGCGUCCACCUCCAGUUCAGGCAACUCACCGAGCCCAGACAGUUCUCACAACUCCUCUGUGCUUCACAGCCUGGGGAGGCCACCGGUGCACCUGGAAGGUGCCGCCAAAGGCGCUUCGACCGCUGCGUCGUCGGACUCAUCGUUGUCUUCCUUGCCGCUCCCGCGCCGCUCCAGCGACAGUGCAUCUGCCCACUCGGCAAAUUAUGCCUCUACCUCUGAGGAGGCCAGGCUCGCCGAGAAGAGCACCGCGUAUGACGAUGACAGCUCUCUCCUGCCGGCUGACCGUGUGUACGAAGGCCAGCAGCGGCUCGCCGACGGCCGCAUGAGCGAAUCCUGCUCGCGUAGCGGCCGUGUUUCCAUCGACCAGAGAAGCACUGGCGGCGCGUGUGCGCGCGACGCCGGUUACCCAGUCGGCUCUCAGCCCGAUUAUGUCUCCACCAAUGCGUCGGUGACUGGCCGCUGUCGCCUUCAGCGGCCAGGCGUUCCGGGAACUGCUGAGGAGCUUGUGACGAUGCAGGAGGAGAAUGCCAGCAUGCGCGAGGAGCUCUUCCAGCGCAGUCGCGAGCAUUACCAUGCCAGCUUCUCACAGAGCAGCAAAAGCGGCGGCACCUUCAACGGAAAUCGCACCAUUGGUGGCCCUGGUGCGUCACACAAGAGCACGCUGACGUCGACCAUCGACAACACAUUCCGGCGUCACCGCGAGUCCACCGCGCGCUUUGUGCAGGUGUCGCUCACGGCGCAUCGCACGCUGCAGGUGCUGCGGCUGGAGCAGCGCGAGCUCCUCAGGCGCCGUGACCAGUUGAAGGAGCUCGUGAGUCGCUACAAGAAGGCCACCAAGUACAAGGAUUAUAUCGAGAUCGCGAAGCAGGACAUUGCCGUCCUGACGGAGGACCACCGCGACGCGCACCUGGAGGUGCGCUGCAACGAGAAGCUACUUUUGAUGAACGACGCAAUGUUCGGAAGUGGCCUUGGCGAUCGACGACUGCUAGAGGAGGUUCGCUCUCAGAACGCACUGACGCAGCGUCGACGCGAACAUGCGCUGCGCGACGCCGACAGUGCGCAGCGCGUGCGUGAUGCCGCAGCGAAGCGGGUGGAGGAGCUGAAGUGGGAGCUGAAAAAGCGUCACCAGUGGAUGGCGGAGGAAAACCACGCGGAUGUGAAUCGUCUACGUCUGUUUAAUCAAGCCAAGAAGGACCGCAUCCACGAGCUUCGCAGGCAACUGCGGCAGCUGCGGCAAGAGGGCAGGGAGACCCGCGGCGGAUCUGGUUCAUGCCCGAGGAAGUCCCACGGGCCCCCGCAAGUUUGCCAGAGGCAUCAGUGCUACACGCGGCCCGACGACGCCGAGCGCGAGUAUCUUGAGAGGCGCAUUGCAGAGAUUCAUCGCAGGCUGGAGGCCAUUGCAGGUGCACCAUCCCAGGUCGCGGCCUCGCGGAGGACGUCGAUCGGCGAUGCAGCUAGUCCGGCUAGGGACACAGGGUCUGCGGCUGCGUCGCCGAAGCCCGAGGCGUCUCAAAACGAACUCCCUGCGGCGGCGCAGCAGGAGGGCACCUCGGCAGCGACUGUUGUGCAGGAGCCGGUUCGCGCGUGCUCGGUCGAUGUGGAGUCGGCAGAGGCAGGUUCAAACAACGCGUACGGCGAAGUCGAUGUCACCGCGUGGCUAAACGCUCAUUCUGCGACUGUGAGUGCGCAUAACGAAGCCACGUACUCGCAACGCAGCUCUCAUAACGCUGCUACCGCAGGGAACGACUGCUCAGAGGAAACCGGAGCGCCUGCGGUGCCGCAAGCCGAGGUAUGGCAUCAAGAACGUACUGGCGCGACAGCAACGGCAGAUGCUGAGCCGCCGCUGUGGUUGGAUGCCGGUGAGGACGGUGGCGAUUUGGACAUCGCGCCUACGCAAGCCGAUCUGGCGCCGCUACCCUCUUACGAGCACGACGCUGCCGACAGCGUCGAGGAGGACAUAGCGGAGGACGAACUGGGUAGCGAUGCUGAGCAGGCAGCGCCGGCGGCCGCUGCAUCGGCUCAUGGGGACGUGGAGCUGGACGAUUUACUCUUCGGCGCCGGCGGUCAUGCUCCGGCGUACGCAGCUGCGUCGCCCUCCGCGCCUGCGGCGGACAACAACGACGACGGUCCAGACUGGUUGAACUUUUGA